AUGGGAAAGUCAAGCCCAUUGCCACAUCUUUCUGUGCCUCCAAUGCUUCCUCUUCUUUGCCUCGUUCUUCUUCAUGUCUCUGCCUCAUGGGCAACCUCAGAUUCAGAUUUUGACACCUUUGUCCAAUGCUUAACAAACCAAACAAAGCAACCAGACACAGUCUCCAAAAUAGUCUAUGCUCUAAACAACACUGCCUACACACCUGUUCUACGAGCCUACAUUCGAAAUGCCAGGUUCAAUGCCUCUUACACACCAAAACCAGUCAUGAUCGUGACUCCAACAAACGAAUCCCAUGUCCAAGCCACAGUUAUUUGCGCCAAGCAAAAUGGCAUUCAGCUUAGAAUCCGCAGUGGUGGCCAUGACUACGAGGGUCUCUCUUAUGUAUCUGAUGUCCCAUUUAUCAUCCUUGACCUGUUCAAUCUUCGGUCCAUCACAGUUGAUAUUGCGGAAAAAACUGCUUGGGUACAAGCCGGUGCAACUGUCGGAGAAGUUUAUUAUAGAAUAUGGGAGCAGAGCAAAGUACAUGGCUUCCCUGCUGGGAUUUGUCUCACUUUGGGAGUUGGAGGGCACUUCAGUGGUGGAGGAUAUGGUAACAUGUUGCGAAAAUAUGGACUAUCAGUCGAUAAUGUUGUUGAUGCAAAAAUAGUAGACGUAAAUGGUAGAAUUCUUGACAAGAUUUCGAUGGGAGAAGAUCUUUUUUGGGCUAUCAGAGGGGGAGGAGGGGCAAGUUUUGGAGUAAUAUUGGCAUACAAAAUAAAUUUGGUUCCGGUUCCAGAAAUUGUUACAGUUUUUCAAGUUCAAAGGACCUUGGAAGAGAAUGCAACUGAUGUUGUUUAUCAGUGGCAGAAUGUUGCACCAAACACUGAUGAGAACCUUUUCAUGAGGAUGCUUAUACAACCCGUGACUUCCAAAGUGAUGAAGGGUCAAAAGACUAUCAGAGCCACAAUUAUGGCAUUGUUUUUAGGUAAGGGUGAUGAUGUUGUCACAUUGUUAGGAAAAGAGUUUCCUGAAUUAGGCCUAAAGAAGGAAAAUGUUGAGGAAAUGAGUUGGAUUGAUUCUGUUCUGUGGUGGAAUCAUUAUGACAAUGGAACCUCCCCUGAUGUCUUGCUUGAUCGAAAUCUUGAUUCCGCGGAUUUCUUGAAGAGGAAGUCAGACUAUGUGCAGGCCCCAAUUCCGAAAGAUGGGUUGGAAUUGCUGUGGAAGAAAGUUAUUGAGAUUGGAAAACCUGGAUUGGUUUUCAACCCGUAUGGCGGAAAAAUGAGCAGAAUCCCGGCAACAGACACGCCUUUUCCACACCGUGCUGGGAAUUUGUUUAAGGUGCAGCACUCAAUAACCUGGGAAGAAGAGGGAAUUGAGGCACAAAAGAAAUAUUUAACUCAGAUAAGGAGCCUAUUUAGUUACAUGACCCCAUUAGUAUCAAAGAAUCCUAGGAGUGCUUAUUUGAAUUAUAGGGACAUUGACAUUGGUAUCAGUCACAAUGGUACCUAUGAAGAAGGGAAGGUUUAUGGGGUCAAGUACUUCAAUGGAAAUUUUGAUAGGUUGGUGAAGGUAAAGACUGCAGUUGAUCCAGAAAAUUUCUUCAGGUAUGAACAGAGCAUUCCAACUCUUCCUAAGUAA